CGAAGGAGCCCGGCUGCCGCGCGCUUCCCUCUCUGUGUCCCCGAGGCCACGCCAUGCGGUGAGCGCCCCCCAGCCCUGCCCGACCCAACCGGACCCGCGUCCCCACCGACAGCCCAGGACCCGCUGGCACCCGGGGACCCACCGGCAUCCCAGACCCGCCGACCCCUGGGGCCCGCCGACACCCAGGACCCACCGACACUCCGGAACCCGCCGUCGCUCAAGAUGCCCAGAGGCUGCGCCCUCCUGCUGGCCUCCCUACUCCUCGCUGCGGCCCUUUCAGCCACCCUGGGGCUCGGGUCACCGGUGAAGGAAAAGAGAGGCUGGACUCUGAACAGCGCUGGCUACCUUCUUGGUCCACAUGCCAUCGACAACCACAGAUCAUUCCACGACAAGUAUGGCCUUGCUGGCAAGCGGGAACUCGAGCCCGAAGACGAAGCCAGGCCCGGAGGCUUUGACCGGCUGCAGUCAGAGGACAAAGCCAUACGCACGAUAAUGGAGUUUCUGGCUUUCUUGCAUCUCAAAGAGGCGGGGGCCCUGGGGCGCCUGCCCGGCCUCCCCUCGGCAGCGUCCUCAGAAGACGCAGGACAGUCCUGAGGGGGCUCCGGCCUCUCCGUCUCGGCGUUGUCGAGCUCCGAGCCAGCGAAGGCAGCGUAACCACCCCUGUCGUCCCUGCCCAGUGCUGUGUUGCUGAGGUGUCAGAUCUUCCUUUGGGAGUAGGUUUGAGCCGCAAAAUAAAAACUGCAGCUGCUUGCGAUGAUCA